GCACGAGGAAGGAGUGCCUCAGAGAUCUAAUAUAUCGGUUCCAUUUAUCAGUGCGGCACCGCCUCGCGAUCGUUCGCUCGCUUUUUCAGUUCGUUCUCGUGAACUGUUCACGUUUAACAUAACGCAACGCACGCAGUGCAACGUGUCUAUCCAUCGGUUUGCGUCAUCAUUGACGAUUGUGACAACCGCUCCUUUGCCACCACUACUACCAUCACCACCACGUCCUCCGGAAGUCCGCGUUGUACGCGAUCUUCCGCGGUCGAUGUGCAUACGUCACGUCGGCGGCGGAUCAUCUUGUCGUCUUGAUUGCGCGCUGUACUUUCCCACUAGUAUUAGUCCGCAUCUGUCUUGUAUAUCGCGCUCCAGCAAGCGCGCCCGUUCAACCUUGACUGGCGGAUCUGAACAAAGGUUGGUGCUCGCCCGGCCUCCCACAGUCCUGUCCGUGAGCUCAUCUUCACAGUUUUUGCCUUUUCGCACUUCGCUGUUCAUUGCACGCGUUAAAUAUUUUGUUUCCGAGGUUUUAGAGCGAGUCUUGAAAAUCGCCAAUAUGUUUAGUUGGUUAAAUCGCGAAGAGAAUAGCAAGCAAGAUCUUUUCGAAAAUGUCACCGAAGGUCUCAAGAAGAUAUACAAAUCCAAGUUAUUACCAUUGGAACAAUAUUACCAAUUCCAUGACUUUCAUUCACCACAGCUGGAUGAUCCAGAUUUUGAUGCAAAACCCAUGAUUCUCUUAGUCGGACAAUAUUCAACUGGCAAAACUACAUUUAUCAAAUAUUUAUUGGAAAGAGAGUUUCCUGGUAUUAGGAUUGGACCAGAGCCUACUACAGAUCGAUUUAUAGCAGUCAUGUAUGAUGAGAAGGAGGGUGUUAUUCCUGGAAAUGCUUUAGUUGUAGAUCCUAACAAACAAUUUAGACCACUUUCAAAAUUUGGCAAUGCAUUUUUGAAUAGAUUUCAAUGUUCAACUGUAGGUUCGCCUGUUUUAAAAGGCAUAUCUAUAGUAGACACACCUGGUAUAUUGUCUGGUGAAAAACAACGAGUUGAUAGGGGAUACGACUUUACUGGUGUUCUAGAGUGGUUUGCUGAACGUGUAGAUAGAAUUAUAUUGCUAUUUGAUGCUCAUAAACUCGAUAUAUCAGAUGAAUUUCGUAGAUCUAUCGAGGCCUUACGUGGACAUGAUGAUAAAAUUAGAAUUGUUCUUAAUAAAGCUGAUAUGAUAGACCAUCAACAACUCAUGAGGGUAUAUGGUGCAUUAAUGUGGUCUUUAGGAAAAGUUCUGCAAACUCCAGAAGUGGCUAGAGUUUAUAUAGGCUCAUUUUGGGAUCAACCAUUAAGAUAUGAUGUUAAUAGAAGAUUAUUUGAAGAUGAAGAACAAGAUUUGUUCAGAGACAUGCAAUCACUUCCAAGAAAUGCAGCAUUACGAAAGCUUAAUGACUUAAUAAAACGAGCACGCUUAGCUAAGGUGCAUGCAUAUAUAAUAAGCGCCUUACGAAAAGAUAUGCCAAGCGUGUUUGGCAAAGAUAACAAGAAGAAAGAGUUAAUAAAAAAUUUGGGUCAAAUUUAUGAUCAAAUACAAAGAGAACAACAAAUUUCACCUGGUGAUUUUCCAGAUCUAAAAAAAAUGCAAGAAUCUUUAGCACAUCAUGAUUUUAAUAAAUUUAAUCCUAUUAAACUUAAGCUAUUAGAAGUGGUAGAUAAAAUGCUUGCUGAAGAUAUUGCAAAACUUAUGGCUAUGAUACCACACGAAGAAGUCACCACAGUUUCAGAACCACUUAUUAAAGGAGGUGCAUUUGAAGGUGUAGAAGAUCAAGUUAGUCCAUUUGGAUACAAAAGAGGAGAAGGAAUUGAUGCAGGAGCAGGUGAACCAGAAUGGAUUGUCAAUAAAGAAAGAUAUAAAUAUGAUAGCAUCUUUGAAUCACUUGGGCCACAAGAUGGAAAGAUUACGGGAGCAGCGGCUAAAUCAGAAAUGGUCAAGUCUAAAUUACCAAAUAGUGUGCUCGGAAAGAUCUGGAAACUCUCAGACAUUAAUAAAGAUGGAUUCUUAGAUGCUGACGAAUUUGCCUUAGCUAUGCAUCUAAUUAAUGUAAAACUCGAAGGUUAUGAUCUCCCAGCUGAACUGCCAGAACAUCUAAUACCACCAUCGAAACGCGAUACAUAAUGAUAUGCGUUAUAUGAUUCCUGGUACUAUAAUUUAAUAAGUUUUACAAAUGGUAUGUGCGAGUGUGGUUUCUUGGAGUCACAAGAUUACCACAGAUAUUAGGGCGACUUAUCAUUUGUGCACUGAUUGAUGCCAUUGGUUCAUAAAGUUCGGGAAAUAUAAAAUUAUACUUUUAUGAUCAGCUGUAUCAUAUUAUGUGUAUAUUAUAUUAUUCUGAUAAUAUAUCAAGGCCGGGGGACAUAUAUAGCUUGCAAUUUCUAGAAAAAUGUGCUAAAUUGUACAAGAUUGACUAGCACAAAACGUAUAUGGCAUCUUUCAAAUAAUAUUUUUCUGAAACAUGUAUAAAUGGAGAUAAAAAUUAUACACAUAGUAUGCCCACAUGCUUAUUGGCAUAUUAGUAUCUAAACAAUUUAGAAUAUUUGCUUUUAUUUAAGAUAAGUUGUUACUUUGGCCUUGGAAUUAUAUUUGUAUUUUAUAACUUCGUAAUUAUACAUGUCCUGAAUUGAA